AUGGAGUUUACCACCCACUUAGGGCUGCACUCUCAAGCAACCCGACUCUUAGGAGAGUCCCUCUCGCCGCCGCCCUCCGUCGCUACGGGCCUGGCACCCUCUACGGGAAAACGGCCCCGUUCAAGACGAACUUGGACAGGAGUAUCGACGACGAGAAAGCGGAACCUCCCGAACACCACAUCUCCCGCGUUCGAGACGAUCGCGGGAUUCAGUGCUGGGCUCAUUCCUGUUCGCUCGCCGCUACUAAGGAAAUCCUUACACGAUAUCCGUCAGCGCAACGACGACAGUACGACACCGUUAACGAAACGACGUCGCAGUCGUCGAGGCGCUCUUCGGACGUCGAGUCCGCCUACUUUUGGUUGUUGUGUAUGUCGUGUAUCUAACAUAUAUUUUCAAAACAAAUCAAUCGCACACCACACAACACUGUGGUUAAUGUUUUUUAACAGCCGGCCCUCAGACAGGAGUGGUCCUGGAUAUUUCUCCACGGACCGCAAUGUGCGUUCGAAAUGUCGAUGUUCAAAUGUGUCCUGCAGUUCACACUAUGACGCGCAGUUAACUGCGUUCUUCAUCGACCCGCGAGCCAAGUGA